AUGAAGAGCAAGUUAAGAUAGAGAAAAUACUUAGCAAAAUGUUUAUAAUAUAUAAUUUAUUAAGCAGCCACAUUUUUCUAUAUAUUUAUAAAUAAAAUUAAAUAAUAAUUAAUUAAAAUGGGAUCAAUUUUCGGCUUUCAUAAAGAAGUUUAGAUUUGCACUGGUUGUCGUGAAAUAUUAGAACCUGAUUAAUUUUAUUGUAGAAGGUGCAAAACAAAAGGACUCAAAUUUUUUGGUUUUGCAUGUUUUUUAGCUAUUUUAAUUCGUGGAUCAGUAGCCUUACAAUUAAGCGACAAUUGGAUAGAAAUGCUGACUUUUCUGAUGGUAACCUCAUUGAUUUGUUGUUUUUGUAUAUGCGGGAGUAAAGUCACCACGGGAAAAGUAAAAGGAAAAUAUAUAGAAUAUGAAGAAUGA